ACCAGUUCUACACUUUCCAGACGCCCUGACCACCUGUUUGCACAUCCCCAGCCCCCCCCCUUGCAUUAUCGGUAUUCUCAUCGACCUCGCCCUCCCUCCGUCCUGACCCUUGUGCAAACUUUGCCUCCUUCCGCUGCACCGGCGGCCCAUUCCUGCCCACUCCUGCCCUCUGUACGCCCGUUUGCUUCGACUGGAGCUCUAGAACACCAUGUUCCCUUCCUCGGGUCCAUCUGCAUCCUCGAUCACCCCGCCGUCCUCGAGCUCGCUGCAAGUAACUCCCCACCCCAAUCUUAUACCCGAUGAAGGCUAUGCCAGCGUCAUCGCCGAGCUCACUCGGGAUAUCACGAGUCUGCGGCAGGCCAGUGAUGUGCUUCUCGAGGAAAUCAAAAAGAAGGAGAUUCUUCUCGAUUUCUACAUCCAAAAGGAGGAUCUGACCCAGCAGCGCAAGCUCCACAUCGACAAUGGCGUCUCCAUACUCGGCUCCAAGAUUCACCCCUGGGGCAGCUCGGCCACUGGCCCUCCCCCUUCCAACCUGAUCGACCCAACCCAGCGCACCUUCCAUAACCCCAUGAUCCCGGGCUCUCAUCUCGGCUCACCGUUCGUAGAUGCUGUAUCGGUGCCGAAGCCGCCGCCGACACAGGAUCUUGGCAGGACCGCAGGAUACAGCAGCGACGGUCCGCUGGCGUCGAUGCAGCACACCCAUACGCAACACUCGCACACGCACAACCACCACCCGCACAGCCAGCACGGAUCGAGUUCGCUGGCACGCACUCCAUCUUCGUUGCUCUCCCAGCAGCACCAGAUCAAGCCCCUGAUUUUCCACCAAUUCCAGCCAUCGGGUCAAGCGAAUCCGCCCCUUGGGUCGCACAUCGAACUGGAUGCCCCAGAGAUGCUGUACCAGAGUCUCGACGAGACGCUGCGCUCGGGUCCGCUGUCCAUCUUUUCGGUUUCAAACCUGAUUCCGACACAGUUGCCGAUAUCGGCAGACGACCAUUCGUACUUGGACCUUUCUCGCGUCGGCCACUUUGGGUCGUCCCUGCCGUCGCCAUCAGAUCCAAGCUCUCCCCAUCCCCCAGGACCCGGCUACGAUGGGUAUGUUCCUUCUCCGCGUAAGCCAGAUGCCGCUGUUUGGGUAGCGGCUUCGGUGCUCUCAGCCCAGCAGCCGACGAGCCAGGGCUCCUCCAGCCACUCGGAAUCACCCCAGCAAACCGAACCCGAGCCCGCUCUGAUCGAGUCGUCCGACGUGCUCGAGUCCCGGAAGCGCAAGAACGGCGUGGAGAUUGUUGGCAGGUGCAAGAAAUGCGACCGCCCGCUUGCCCACCUGCAUCUGCAUGGAUACAAUGACCCCAACAAUCUGUGCAGCAUCGAAAUUGUCUGCCCCACCUGCGAUGCUGCCUCUGCGGGCCCCGACGGCCCCGACGCCCCAGAUUUGUCAAAUGCCUCGCAGGACUCGAAGCGCCUCAAGAAGCGGCCCAAGCGCCGCGGCUCUACCGACAGCUCUGUCCUCGACUGCUAUGUGUGCAAGCGGCAUAUUGCCUACGGUACCAUCCAUGCCAUCAGCCUCGACACUCCGUCGACCAAAAAGUUUGCCAAGCUCGGCAACAUCAACAGCGAUCCAAGCGCGAGCUCGGACGACCCCGACGGCGCAAUCUUCGAGCAGCCGACAAAGACCGUGGUUCCGCCCGUCGGCGCCUUCAUCACCGACGUUCUCAGCAAGACCGAGAUCAUAUGCAUCUCAUGCAACAAAAAGUACCGGCUCUGCACCGACUGCGGCGGAGGCGGCAAGUGGCGCACGGGCAAGUGGCGGCCGGUCGAGAUGUUCAUGAAGGGCCGCAAGACCUGCAGCCUGCAGCACGGGCGUGUCGGCAACAUCCCGGCCGACAGCAACCUGUGCAUCCUGCCGGCGCAGAGCUCGCCCGACUCGCCUUUUGUCACCCGGGACAUUAUCGAAAUGUACGAAAACACCAUCCUCAACACCCUCGGCACUCCUGCGAUCCUGGAGAACUGCGUGCACUUUCCGACGUACGCCUCGAUCCAAAACCGCAUCAAGGAGCUCAUCUCCGAGAUCAGGCAGCAGCUCGAUGACCCAGUCUCGCACGAUAAGAUCCGCUAUCUCAUCACCUGGACUGGCCAUAUGAACAAGGCCCGCAAGCUCAAGCGAGGCUCCAGCUCAGCCCUCUUGAACAGUGCCGACGCCGGUAGCGGCGGGGACGGUGGGCGUUCCUCGGGCUCGCCGCAAACAGCGGCCUCUGUGGCUGUUGGUGCUGUGACAGAGCGACGUAUCCUCUGUUUCCAGAUCCUGACGGUUUGUCUCAAGAACCAAUGCGCCGAGGUCUCGCUCGGCGAAGAUCUCCGGAGCGACCCCACCUAUUCCAACUUCCAUCGAGUGACCAUGUACCAGCUACUGCAAUAUGCGCUCAGGGAUCUUGCCAGCCGCAACCUACCGCCCAUCAAAUAUGUGUGGCUGCCGACUCGCAGCAGCGCCACCUACUACGGGCCCUGGCUCAAUGCGCUGCUCAAGGUCGGGUUCAUCCCAUGCGAGGAGUUCAUCGAGGCGCGCCGGGCAGAGGGCAUCCAUCUAGAGCCCGAGUGGUUUGUGGAUGCGAGCCUGCCGCCGUCGAUUGCACCGCAGUUCAGGAGCUAUGUCAUCAAAAUAGAAGACUAUCUGGUGCCCAGCGAUAAGGAUCCCAAGUAGCUGCGACCGAAACGUCUGCCGUUCACAUGCGGCCUGGCUGAUGAAUCUGCUUCGACCCACCCUCUCCUCAACGACACUUUGCGACCUCGCUCUUCCCUCCCUCCUCCUGUCUUUUCUCUAUCGCUAUUCCUUGUAUAAAUACAAUCUGAGUGAUUUCCGUGUGCUUGAAUGCGAGACGGACACUGAUGGCC